GAGUAUAGUAGAAGGGGGGGACAUAAGCACUGCUUUAAUGUGGCAUAGUGAUGAGUCACACGUUUGUGCAAGUGUCAACUGGGUGUAACAAAUAUAAUUUCAAUUUUUAUAAUAAAAAAUAAGAAAUUGAUUAGAAAUGAAUAAUACAGAUGUAAAUGAUCGUCCGAAAUGGUUGCUAGAAUUGGAAAAUCGGAAAAGAAAACCUCGAUUGGCACAUGAGGCUGGGGCAGGAGCACCUUGUGUUCUUUGUAAAGCUGCAUGUCCAGGUUUGGAUUUACAUUUUUGGAGAAAAAUUUGUAAAAAUUGUAAAUGCAGUAAAGAUGAUCAUGAUGUUGAUGAUGACGAUUUUCCCCAAUUUGAUUUGUUGUUUGGGAACUCAAGAAAAUAUAAGAAAAAAUCAAUAUUAUUACAUAUAAACAGUGGAAAAGAACAUGCAGAAGAAGCAUUUGAAUGGGUGCCACCAGAUACAACAAAAGAACUUGCUAUAGACUAUAUGAAAGCCUUACCUAUGGAAAAAUUACCCAUUAAGGGAUCACCUGGUGCAGCUCUGAGGAGACAAUUAUUACAAAAACAGUUACCUCUUCAUGACAUAGAUUAUAAAACGUGUGAUAAGUUAAGUGAACAAGAGAAAAAACAAUUUGAGAGGUAUUUAGAAAAUAUAAAAAAAUAUGUGGGACAAGGAACAGUGACAAAGAUAUUAAGUGCUCGUCCAUUUGAUGGAUCAUUAAUAACACCUGUAAAUGCAACAGACCUGCAACAUCAUAGUCCACAAAAUAAACUUAAUGUGCCACCAAGCUUUGUUCAAUUACGUACACCAAGCAGUUUUGCUCCAAAAAGUUCACCUAAGAAGAAUUUAUAUGAAAAUUUAAAUGUACAUAACUUUUCUACUCCUUUAGAUACAAGUAACAGUAGUAAUAUUAAGAAUAUUCCAAUUCUUGAAAAAUAUAAUAUAAUCAAUAAAGGUGGUGAAAUUAAUAAAAGUAAUAGUCAAGAUAUUGCAAAAGAUGUGCCAACAACUGAAAACUUGAAGUAUUUAAAUGAUGCAGCAGUCACAAAUGUUAGUUCUGAAGUGACAUCACUUUGUACUCCAUCAAGAUAUCACAAAGAAGUAUACAAAGAUGUACUAAAAAAUCCAUCCACCUCUCUGAUACAUUCAAAACCAAUAAAUGAUAAUGUUGGUAUUGUAGAAGCUCUAUUAGCAGAUGCUUUGCUACCUCCUAGUACAGUACAUGCAAAUGAUAUAGUUAGAAGUACACUAGACGAAAAGGGUCUAAUGUAUAUACGCGAAAAGCUCACAAAUAAGUAUAGUAAUCAAGAAAAUCAAGGGCAGGUACUAUCCAAUAUUCCCAAUUUUGCAAGAAGUUCAGAUUCAAACAACUCACUAUGUAGAAACACUGCUUUUGGAUUACAAAAUGAAAAUAUUCCCACAAACACAAAUAAAGGAGCUGAUAAAACAGUUACUAUUAGUAGUGUAAAAUAUCCUGGAAUGUUAAUUCCAUCAAAGGAUGAACUUCAAAAAAUAAAAAAGGAUAUUCAUAAUUCUGGGCCAAUAAAGACAGAAAUGGAAAUAAUGAAAACCAAUUCAAACUUAGUUAAAUCUGAUCCUUUGUAUUCUACAGGUUUCAACAUAGAAAAUCUAACAGAAUGUAAAUCACAAACUCCUUCAAAAGUAGUGGAAAAUUCAUUUCCUUCACCAGCGUCAUCAUCACAAAUAUAUCCACAGAUCUUCGAUAUUAAUAAUUAUCAAGCAACAGUAAAUAGUUUUACAACACCAUCCACCACCCUUCAUUCCGAGAAAUUAGAAAACCAGAUUUUUCCUUAUGAAACUAAUUCUACAGCAAAACCAUUGGAACACCAUGUUCCAAAUAUAACACAUCUUAAGAGUGUCAUGGAGGAAUUAACAAUAGAUUCUAAAUCACAAAAGUGCCAUAAAUGUGAAGAAGGGUUCCAUGUUGGUGAUGUUGCAGUAAUUACGGACAAAGCUAAAAAUGCAGUAUGGCAUCCAGGGUGUUUCAUGUGUAGUAUGUGUAAUGAAUUAUUAGUAGAUUUGGUAUACUUUUAUUAUAAAAACAAAUUAUACUGUGGUAGAGAUUUAGCAACACUUUUAGGAAUUCCUAGAUGUUUUGCUUGUGAUGAGCUUAUUUUUGUGCGAGAGUAUACUGUCGCAGAAGGACAUAACUAUCACGUAAAACAUUUUUGCUGUUGGGAUUGUGAUGUUCCAUUGGCUGGGAAACAGUACAUCACAGAAAAUGAUCGUCCAUUAUGUCUCUUGUGUUAUCAAAAAACAUAUGCAAAAACGUGUAACAUGUGUGAGAAAGUAAUUGCAGCAGAUCAACAAGGUGUUGCUGUUAAAGAUUUAAAUUUUCACGCAACAGAGGCAUGUUUCCGUUGUUAUAUUUGUAAUAAAAAUUUGUUAAAUGGCAGAUUCGCAGUUAAAGAGAAAAAGAUAUUUUGUAGUAAGGAAUGUAUUUCAAACUUUUUGCAUCCACAAAUUAAAUAACUAAUCAGGAAAUAUUUCUUUAUAUUAUACCAUUUUUAAUAAUCUAGCAUCUUUUUUUAAUAUUACGUGUUAUUUGUUAUAAAAUACAAUGCAUUAUGUAGCUUUAAUUUGUUGUACAUAUUUAUCAGCAUGAAAUGUACAUCAUAUUGAAAAACAGACAUUGUACACAAUCAUGUGUAUAAAAAUAUAUAUUUUUACUAAGUA